CCUACAAGCCUGAUUUAGCAGAACUGAAACAGUGGAAUCGCCGCCAUCAGUUUACGUAAUUCACUGCUGCACAAUUUCUUUUUAGAUUCGUCCUGUAACCGUUACAAUCAGAUCGUUAGCUAGUUAAGUCUAGUUUGGUCAUUUUUAGAUUUCCACGUUGUUCCUAUUCUGAUCUUACCAGUUAGCAACCUCCUACGGUCUUGUCGCAUCAUGUCUUCCGAUCAUAUGCAACCCAGCACAGAUUCGGCCACUGUCCGUCCCUCUGUUUGCUCCAGCGUGGUGCAGGGAUUUCUGGACGGACUGCAGGAUCUGAAGAGCAGUGGAGUUCUGUGCGACGUAAUCCUCAAAGGAGCCGAAGAUUCAGCAGCUGGUAUUCCUUGCCAUCGUGUUGUGCUCAGUGCUCACAGCAGCUACUUUCGCAGCAUGUUUUCAACUGAUUGGAAAGAAUCUUCCCAAGCGGAGAUCCCGUUGCAGAAUAUCUCCUUUGCCACGCUGCUGAACAAAUUGGUGACAUACGCGUACACUUUACAAAUCUGCCUGGAUGACGACACUGUUGAGUCAGUUCUCGUUGCGGCGCUCUUCUUGGACUUCUCUCCCGUCGCUAAACUGUGCUGGGAUUUCCUGGAAAGUCGCCUGGAUGCAUCCAGUUGUCUGCUGGUGUACUCGCUGGCGCAGACGCACAACAAUCCGUAUCUGGCCAACAAGGCUGAAGUCUUGGUUUGCCAGCAUUUUGUCAAGAUUGCACACGGCGUUGACUUCUUGCAGCUGGAUGCAGAAAAGGUGACUGAACUGACAGCAUCAGAUGAUUUAUGCGUCGAACACGAGGAUGAAGUACUGGAGGCUGUAAAGCGUUGGUUCGAUCAUGACCAGACUGGCCGGACGGCGAAGUUGCCCAACGUUUUGCAGUAUAUCCGUGUACCAUUUCUCUCUGUCAAGCGUCUUGAAAAUUAUUUUUUGGCUCUUUUUAAUGGGCUUGUCAGCACUGGCGCUGUCAAUUUCCCACUUCAGUCGCGGACUCUUGACCAGCUACCCGGUCUGCCCAAGGUUAUCGUGUGCGUUGGAGGCGUUGAGUUCGAUACCGAUGUGAGUUCAGUGGAGGUUUUCUGUCCAUCCAUAUCGGCUGCAUGGCGCAUGGAAAGACCACAGCUUCCGCGUGCCGUUUAUGGAUGCGGCAUAGCUGUUAUGAAGGACUCGUUGAUCAUAUGUGGUGGUGUCAAAAUUGAUGGGAGCCCGACGAAUCAAGUCAGCCGGCUUGAUCUGUUUGGUAAUGAAUGCGCGGAUCUGGCGCCUAUGCUGGCCAACCGCGCUUGUGGCGGUGUGGCUGCUCUCAAUGGCCGGGUCUACGCUGUUGGUGGCUGUAACGAUAAGGGAGAAGUGCUGACUGCUGCGGAGUGCUACGAUCCAGAGAAAAAUGUUUGGCAACCCGUGGCUGGGCUGCCUCUCCCGUUAGCUGGAUUUGCCAUAGUGGCCACCAAUGACCGGCUGUACGUGUUUGGUGGGAUGACAAAAUCAGAUGGAUAUUCGAGUACCCACUCGGCCUUCUGCUACGAUCCAGCAGCGGAUGCGUGGAAUAAACUGGCCGACAUGCCAACUGCCCGGGAAGACUGCACUGCCUGUGUUGGCGCGAAUGGCAUCAUUUACGUUAUCAGUGGAUAUUCUUCUGAUCGCCGUGUGCGUCGCGUAGAGGCGUACGAGAUCAACUAUGAUCAGUGGUCGAAAAAAGGCGAUACGAUUAGCGGUCACUGCAGAGCGGGAUGUGCGUACAUGGAUGGCAAGAUCUAUGUUCUUGGAGGCGGAAACGACGAUAAUCGCGAUAUCGAGUUUUACGAUGAAGGCCUAGAUGUUUGGCGCAUACAUCCCUGCCGACUGUCCAAGCCGAACCAUAGCUUUGGCUGCACGGUGAUGACGAUGAAAAAGGGCACCAACUGGACUGGCCAGAUCGUUUCUGAUCAACGAAGAGGGCAGGAAUGAAUGUGUUGGCUGUUGGUAUCGCUUAGUCGGAUUCCAUGAGAAUUCGGGAAACUGAAUUGUUUCAUUAUUGACUGGUUCGUUUUACUUCUCAUGCUGAUGAUAAACUCAAUGUUUCUUUAUCAAUUUAUCAGCUGUGAUAAUUCGCAGUAACAAACGUUGCUGA